AUGGGUCAACUCUCCACUUGGAAUUGUCGCAAUGACCGCUUGGCCAAUUGCCUGAAUCCAAAGGUGGCGGAUCCCAUGUCGACGGCAUGGGGUGUAAGCGGCGGGUUUGGAGGAGGUGCUGGGGCUGGAGUUGGAAUUGCGGGUGGUGGCGGCAUCGGUGGAGGUGGUGGUGGUGUUGGAGGAGGCGUCGGUGGAGGUGGUGGUGUAGGCGGCGGGUUUGGAGGAGGUGCAGGGGCUGGAGUUGGAAUUGCGGGUGGUGGCGGCAUCGGUGGAGGUGGUGGUGAUGUUGGAGGAGGCAUCGGUGGGGGUGGUGGUGUAGGCGGCGGGUUUGGAGGAGGUGCUGGGGCUGGAGUUGGAAUUGCGGGUGGUGGCGGCAUUGGUGGAGGUGGUGGGUUUGGCGGAGGUGGCGGUAUUAGUGGUGGCGCAGGAGGUGGACUAGGUGGCUUUGGUGGUGGAGCUGGUGGAGGUUGGGGCAUCGGCGGUGGUGCUGGCGGUGGAUUCGGUGGUGACGGGGAAGCAGGUGGCGGCUUUGGUGCCGGAGGUGGUGAAGGGAGCGGCGCAGGCGGUGGUCUUGGUCGGGGAGGUGGUUCAGGCGGUAGAUUGGGCGGAGGUGGCAAAAAGCAUCACCAUGGGAAAAUUGGUGGUGGGAAGGGCAUCGGCGGUGGAGGCAGGUCAGUCGGAGGUGGUCUUGGCGGCUCGCUGGAGCAGGGAAAGCCUCAUCAACUUACGAAGCCUUGA